UUCUGCGGUUUGUUCUUCGCCCUCGUUGGCUGCAUGGCUGCCGACAAGGCUUCGCCGGAUGUGCUGGCGGAGGAGUUCCAUGGGCUACUGCCCGAGGAGGCAGAGUUCGAGGUGCGCCAGAACGCGGAGGAGGGCCGCUACAUGGUUUGCUCCCAGGAGCUCGAGGAGAACGCGUGGUUCUUGUUGGAGUCUCCCAUCGUUUGUUGGCCGCUCACGGAGCAAGAAGGGGAGAAGCUUUCUGACCUUCCCUGCAGCUGGUGUGAGGCCUGCUUGCGCGCCUUGGCCACCGAGGAAGCUGAGCCAAGCGCCCCAUCCAAGCCGAGGUGGAUGGUGAUGCCGCCGAGGCUUUGCGAGAGCUGUGUGGGCUUGAAGGACAUGCUUGCCAAGGAGGAGUUGCUCCGGUGGCGCCAGUGGCAGCAGCUUCGUUCGCCCAAGAGUUGCAUCGGAUUGGAGGCCUUUGGCCGCUGCUUGGCGCAGGUAGCGCUAUUGGCUGGUAAAGCCAAAGAGGCGGGCCUCAACGAUGAUGAGGCGCUCCACUAUGCCUUGAGGCCUUUUGAAAGGCUUCAAGGACCUCCCGGAGAUGCCACGGUUGAGUCACCUCUUGGACAGAAGGGGCUUCGUCGAGAUGUCGAGACGCCUGAGGCUGCAUGGCACGACGCCCAAAGAGGUGGCGGAGGCCCUGCGAUCCUCCGAGCCCUUCGCAGACAGGCUUCGCGCGAGGCUGCCGCAGGCGGAUGCCUUACUUUCAGAGGAGACCAUUCGACAGCUGGCGGGGAAGCUGGUGCUCAACGCCGUCAGCUUUGCAGUGCCGGAAGCUCGCCAUGGGCACCUACCACUCUUGAGCGCCGGCGUCUACGUGCUGCUGAGCACCAUGAACCACUCCUGCAUGCCCUCGGCGCGCUUCGAGACUUGCGCGGACUCGGGCGCCGAGCUGAGCCUGAAGACCAACCGACGCCUGGAGGUGGGCGAGCAGCUCACCUUGGCCUACGUCUCCCCCGACUGGCCGCUGGAAGAGAGACAACCGCAGUUGAGCCAUUGGUUCUUUGAGUGCCGCUGCCCCAAAUGCGAGGCUGAAGGACAUAUUCAUGAAAGAUUGAAUCAAUCUGAC